AAAAUCAAGAAGAAGAAUGGUAUAGGAGGGCUAAAACCAUAGGGUAAAACAAGCAUGGCUGGAAACAUGAGUAGCAGCCUUACCCCUAUACCUAGUUCUCUGUCUAAAUUGCAGUCUCUGAAUGGGCUCUUUGCCAUUUAUAAAAAACAAGGGCCUACGUCUGCAGAAUUGUUGAAUACGUUCAAAGAGGCUCUGCUCAAAGAAGCCGGUGUACAAAACCCAAAUCCGCGAAAGAGAAAGAAGCAGAGCCUGAAGGUGGGGCACGGAGGGACUCUGGACAGUGCUGCCAGUGGAGUGUUAGUUGUCGGUGUUGGAUAUGGCACCAAAAAGCUCAGUACCAUGUUAGCGGGCUCAAAGAAAUAUGUUGCUGUGGGGGAGCUGGGAAAAGCAACAGACACUCUUGACGCUACUGGUAAAGUGAUUCUAGAGAAAGACUUUGAACACAUUACCAGGCAAGACCUUGAGGAGAAGCUGAAAUCCUUCACUGGUGACAUCAUGCAAGUUCCUCCACUCUACUCUGCUCUGAAGAAGGAUGGCCAGCGUCUGUCUGUCCUGCUGAAAAAAGGUCACACGGUUGAGGCCAAACCUGCUAGACCUGUCACUGUGUACAACCUGAUUCUGCAGGAGUUUAAGCCUCCUUUCUUCACUCUAGAUGUUGACUGUGGUGGGGGAUUUUAUGUCAGAAGCUUGGUGGACGACCUGGGGAAAGCUCUCUCAUCCUGUGCUCAUGUGAAGAAUCUGGUGCGGACCAAGCAGGGUCAGUUCACCCUGGAGGAGCAUGCCUUACACGAGGAGCAGUGGACACUGGAGCAUGUCUUGCAGUCUCUGCAACCCUGUACAGAUUCGGAGCAGGGUACUAAACCAUCAGAUCAACACAAUGUGAACAGCACCCAGGCUAAGAAUAUGACAUAACUAAGUUUUUGGCUUUUCAAUGAAGAAAACGGUUGGUCUCAGUUUGGCUAUUUCUAUUUUAGGUAGUGAUUGUUACAAGCAUAACAAAUUUAGACACUUGUUGAAACCUCCUUUGAGGACCCUUUUGACCAGUGUCAUUAUUCCCACCUUGGACUUUAGAUGUUUGAGCCCACGUAUUUGUGAUUUAUAUUUGUCUCUGUCUCACCUCCAAUUUAAUUUAGUUUAAUUUGUGAAUGGUUAUGUAUUUGAACUUUGUAAACAUUCCAGCCCCAGCUUCUAACUUCAAUUUCUCAUUGCAUUCUUAUUUUAGUGUUAGGUAAUAGAAACCCUAAGUGUGUAUAUAUAUAUAUAUAUAUAAUACAAUAUCACUGCUAUAUGAAACUGAGAAGAAAAGGUUGGGAUGGAAAAAGUGCUUGACAAUACACACAGGAAAUAGACUAGUGGUAUAUUAAACAUAAUUUCCAGAAACAUGACCCACUGCUGGACCCAUGAAAGUUUGAGAGUAUUACUUUUAUUUUUGUAAAAAUUCUGUAUAAAGACAGGCUUUUCGGUGUUUGACACAGUUUGACACAAAAAUCAAGGAUUGACUUCUGUUGUAUUAUAAUAUAACGUCAAAUCAGUUCUGUUAUAAACCAUGGUCUUGUUUUGGACCUAACAUAG